ACCUUGGGGCUGCUUGCUGAGGGCAGGACAGAAUUCCUGAAGGGACACAUGGUCUAGAGUGACAAGGCCAUCUGCUGUAGCGCCAGCAGUAGGAGGAAGGUGGAGGGGGUUGGACACGGGGGUGCUGAGAAUUCCUUUGGCUUGGGUGUGGAGGGAGUAGAUAUUCUGGGAUAUUGCUGCUAGCACUCCGCCGGGAAAUGUGUUUCUUUGGCAUUUUUCAAACGGAAAUCUGAGGGAGAAUUUUUUAACAUCUUGAUGGUGAGAGGGGAUCAUUGCAGGGUUAAAUGGGGAAGGUAUUUUUCCAGCUCUCUGCAAAAUUACUGGUGAUAAUGGUCUUGGUGUGUUGCCGUUUUACGUCGGUGGAUCCAGUUUCCUCUCCAUCACAGCACUGCCGAAGCUGAGAGCGGGGUCUGGUAGGCCUUCUGGCACCGACCUCUCAGAGGAUCGUCUUUAGAGGAUCUUCUUUGGAGCUGUACUGUGCAUGGCAAGGAUCUACUUUCUUGGUGCCUCACUAAAAUUGCAUGGCCUAAACGAAUGAAUAUUUUUAUGAGGCGGCUUGCACCAGAGAUGGGCCAGGACCAAACCAAGCAGCAGAUAGAGAAGGGCCUGAGGUUGUAUCAGUCCAAUCAGACGGACAAAGCCCUGCACGUCUGGACGAAAGUGCUAGAGAAGACCUCGGAUCCUGGAGGGAAGUUUCGGGUGUUGGGGUGCCUGAUCACAGCGCACUCGGAAAUGGGAAAAUAUAAAGAUAUGCUCAAGUACGCUCUAGAUCAAAUCGACACGGCCAGAGAAAUGGAGGACCCAGACUACCUGACAGAGGGCUACCUGAACUUGGCGCGCAGCAACGAGAAGCUGUGCGACUUCCAGAAAACAGUGUCCUACUGUAAGACCUGCUUAAACAUGCAGGGUACCACUGUCAGCCUGCAGCUCAACGGCCAGGUAUGUCUUAGCAUGGGAAACGCCUUCUUGGGCCUCAGUGUUUUCCAGAAAGCUUUGGAGAGCUACGAGAAGGCGCUGCGCUACGCACACAACAAUGAUGACAAGAUGCUGGAGUGCAGAGUCUGCUGCAGUCUGGGAAACAUCUAUAUCCAGCUUAAGGACUAUGAGAAAGCCUUGUUCUUCCCCUGCAAAGCAGCUGAGCUCGUCAAUGACUACGGCAAGGGUUGGAGCCUCAAGUAUCGAGCCAUGAGCCAGUACCACAUGUCAGUCGCCUACAGGAAACUGGAGCGCCUCCCAGACGCCAUGGAGUGCUGUGAGGAAUCAAUGAAGAUUGCUCUGCAGCACGGUGACCGUCCUCUGCAGGCUCUGUGCUUACUAAACUUUGCAGACAUACACCGCUGUAGGCGUGAUGUUGAUAAAGCAUUCCCUCGCUACGAGUCUGCACUGGGUAUCAUGACUGAGAUUGGAAACCGUCUUGGACAAGCACAUGUCUACCUGGGAGUUGCAAAGUGUUGGCUCCUGCAGAAAGAAUAUGACAAGGCUCUUGAUUCUUUGCAGCGAGCACAGGAGUUGGCAGAUGGGAUGGGAAACAAGCUGAGUACACUGAAGGUUCACUGCCUGAGUGAAGGGAUUUAUCGGAGCCGGGGGCAGCAGGAGGAGCUCAGAGAGCAGGUGGUGAAGUUCCUGCAGUGUGUUGAGGAGCUGGAGCUUUACUGCGGCAUGUGUGGAGAGUCCAUCGGGGACAGGGACCAAAAACUGCAGGCCUUACCCUGUUCCCACAUUUUCCAUCUCAAGUGUCUGCAGACAAACGGGACAAAGGGUUGUCCUAAAUGUUUCAAGUCCUCUAUGAAGCCUGGAUUCGUGUGAUUGUGAGGCUGUGUUUGUGCAUCGGGUCUGCAGACACAGCGUGAAGCCUAUCAGGCUGCUGACUAAGCUGAGAGAAGCAGGCAGCCUCAGGAUGUGCUGAAGAUGUCUGAGGAGUAAUAAUUCUCUGCUCUGCUUAGAGGAUGCUGAACUGAACCCAAAGUGUCGCACAGUGUGGCUCUGAGGACACAAUCAAGGCAUCCAUCUUACUGACAGACAUCAGUUUGUGAGUUACAGGUGACUGAGGAGGUAUAACAGAGUGUUACAUUUCAAUAUAAGCUGAGGGGGAACGAACCGACAUUGUCUCGGAUGACUGGCCAUUUGUUGCAGAAUUAUGGACCGUGAAAAGAGUGUAACUUGUAUUUGCUAUUUUAUGCAUUAGAAUGAAAUGAUUGUCAGUGAUAUGUCAGUAAUGUGAGUCACAGGGUUUGGUGUUCAUAUUCUCACAUGACCUUUUACACAACAUCCACUUGUUCUUUACUCAACAGUUUUCUGAAUUUAGUUUUUUACCAGAACACAGAGCCAUUUCUGAAUUUAACUUAUUUCAUACAUGAUAUAUUUUUUGUUGUAUACAUGUACAUACUAUUCUCAUGUUAAAGGUGGGGUAAGCGAUUCUGGAGGAAUCCAAUACUGUAACUAACGUUAGCUAAAUUCUGGGUUAGCAAACUGUUGUUGCUGCAAAGCUAACACGCAGAGAGGACGAGACGGCACAACAGCUCCAAAGCAUACUCACAACUCUCCUGCUACUAUAGCUAAUAUCACAACAGCAGCAUGUAUCGUGGAACUAGAAAGUCAGCUGAAUGUGUUGUGUGGCUCUGUCUGAGCCACUUUGUCUGUUUCCCAUUUACAGAGCUGUGUACAAACCAUACAGUCUAUGGUACAAACACAGGAUUUAUUUUCAGCGCACACACACACACAAACACACACGUGACAGCUAGCAGACCGCGAGGAGAUAUUUGACAAAACAACGUGUAUUGGAUUAAAAAUGCAGACCCCACCUUUAAUUUGUUUUGAAAGUUCGAUUUAUUUGAGGUGUUUUGUAAAACCUACAAUGAACUAAAAAUCUCUUAACCAUUCAAAAACUAGUAUGUCUUUACAAAACAGGUACAUGCAGCUUUUAUUUUCCUUAUUCACAGAGAUUAAGGAGCAGGAUCAACACACGUUGUGUUCAUAUGAAUUCCUUUUCUGUCCGCUUCUGGGAAUGUUUUACUCUCAAGUCUGACAUCAACGUAAUAUUGUUGCAAUUUAAGGUCAAAUACUGUUAAGAAGGAAACUAUUGGGAAAGGAUUUUCUUUGACCAAUCACACACACUUUAAACAAAUCAUUAUGUAGAGGAGAUACACGCAGUAUGAUUUAAUGUAGUGCCUUCAUAUUUGAAGUCAUAUGCAAAUAUUAUUUCUUUGGUAAAAUCACAGUAGUCAGAAUGAGAUUAUAUACUUGCAUAGGCGUUUGGGGAGAACGCCAAAAAACACAUCAGUUAUUGUUGCAUGUUUUAUUUACAAUGCCAAGCAACAAAGCUGGAUUACAUCAAAUGAUGUAUCCAUGUAACUGUAUUUACUUAUUUCAGAAUUUUUUGUUAUAGUAUUUCUUAAUAUUCAGUGGCUUUUAUCAUUAAUAUUCCUUAUAUAUUUGUUCAGUUAACUUUAGACAUUGUGGUUUUGGGGGGGGGGGCAUAUAUCAGUCAAACUCUUGGUUUUUCCAUAUACAGUAGGUUUUCUUCAAAUACUGUAAAUUUAUUUUUCGGGAGACUUAAGUUUACAAAGGCUGUGAGACAAAGCAGGAUGAAUGCUUUGUACUGCGAGGGCAAAAUCAUUAAAAUAAAUACUGUUAACCCCUUUUGAAACUUCAUAAUAAAAGCAAAGUAAUAAACUUGUUUCAUCAAACUUGAGGAACACACACACACACACACACACACACACACACACACACACACAGAGUACUGUACUGUUUUAAAAAAUGAAGUAUUUAGUUUUCUCUCUCUUCAUUUAACAUGCGAGUAAGUUGUCAGCAUGAGAAGAGGGACACAUUUACUUCUACUGCACAAGCACUUAACGGUUCUCAUUUUUGAGAACGCAUCAAUACUUGACCUCACCUGGUUAUUGUUUGAGGUCACUGCUUCCAAAAUAAUGUUGAGUCUGUUUACCUAUAUUACAGUCAUGGUACAACUCUUGCAAAGCACAGAUAUAACACUUUUAUUCACAGUACAGCCACUCAUCUUUAACGGUUUAAACUACCUCUGUUUUUGCCUCUAAGCGUUGCCCUCCUCUGAGGAUUAAUGCAAUAAUAACAAAUAAAUACAUGUAGAAUUGUUAUGUUUUUCUAGACAUCGUGUUGACAUAACCAUGAUUUCAAUGAUUUAGAGUCUGACCAAAGUGCAUUGUUAAUAUAUUUAUGCAUUGAGUCAAACCCUGUUAAUGUAUCGAAUAUGGAAACAUUUCAUUAUGGAAAAUAAAGAGCACUGAAAGUGAA